UGUCAUUCACUCUCUCCCUCCCAUUGUCAGCAUCCAUUAUCGGAACUUUUGAAAGAGACGGGAGGGGAGAGUAGCGAAGAGGAGAGGAGAGAAGAGCAGAGGAGGAAUCCAAUCAAUAGAUAAAAAAAAUCUUCCUAACGUCCUCUUAUCAUCUGGUAUGACAGUGGGCUGCUGGCUCUUUCGAGCGGAAAUGAGGAAGGGCAGAGGUCUAAUGGUGUGGAGUCGGUGUCUAUUGUUGGGCACGGAUGAUGGCAUUGAUGACUCUAUCCUCGAUCGUCCCUCCUUAGAGUCCUUCUUCUUUUUGUGUCCGUCACCCAAUUUCAUGGCUCUGAAAGCCGAUGCAAUUACUUUCUCCUCUUCUUUUUUGAGAGAAAAAGACGCAUGAUCCUUUUCCACCCUUCUCUUCCAUUCUUUGUUCCUCCUCCAACUCUCCCUGCUUUCACUCCUCUGUCUUCUUUCUUUUUUCUUUUUAAAUUAAUCAUCAUCAUCGUCAUCGUCCCAUGAUGACCCUCACCGCCCAAAGCAGCAUUUGCUGCUACCCCUCCUUCAGGUCUGAUCGUCAUUGGAAUGGGAAGAAGAUGCACAGGAGCUUUCCCCCGCUCUCUGCCACUACACUUAGCAGUCAGACGAUGGAAUGCCGGAACAAUCUUGAUGAUCUCGAGGUUCUUAAGAUUGCCAGGGAAAAAUUUACCCAUGAGAUCUCCUUCCGCUCCAAGGAUAAAGACAUUUCUCUUGCGAAGGCUUUGCUAUUUGUUGCAGCUGAAGAUGAAGCUUUUAUGGCUUUCAACAGACAUAAGGAUGCUCAGUCACUUCUAAUUGAAACCGGAGACGCUCCAUUUUCUUUUCAGUCUCAUUCCGAAUGGGAUUGUUUGGAAGCUAUUCCUUUGGCUGGCAAGAGCAUUUCUGGGUGGUUGAAUGUGUUGGAUAUGAUAGCGAAAGAAGUGGAAGCAGAGUUAGUUUCAAGAGAUAUUGGUUGCCAUUUGGUGGAAGUUUUAGAGGCAGUGAAUGUAGUUCUCUUUGAUUCUAGAAGCUUCAAAAGAUAUCCUGUACUUGUAGAUUCAAAGUAUUCAUACUUGCACACUGUACUCAGCUCUGGAUGUGCUAGUGCUAUUAUGCUCAAUAUUGUUUAUAUUGAAGUUUGUCGAAGACUUGGUAUUACCAUUGUGGGAUCUCGAGUCGGGGAGGAUUUCUUGAUUUGGCCCCAAACUGGGAACCCAGAGGAGCUUUUCAGAGUUUCAUCUGGCCGGAGCUUGUUUUCCAUAGUUAAUGGAAGAUGCGUGGAGGAUCCUAGAUCAAAAGCCUCUGACUUGAACAGCAAGUCACUUUUAGGACUUGAUAUUGCAACUAAUAGGGAUAUCAUUGGCAUUGCCUUAGCUAAUUUGAUUAGGCUUCACUGGAAACGUGCUUCAAGGAUGAGCCAUGGUUUGAUGUUGACUUCGCCACUAAGACCAGUUUAUAAUGUGAAUGAAAAAUCUUGCAACCUGGAUGGUUCGAAGGUUCCUUUGUUGCGGCCUCAAGAUCUUAGGUUGGCUAUCAUGGCAUCGGAACGACUUCUGAUUUUGCAGCCUCAUAAUUGGGCUCUGAGAAGAGACCAUGGCAUGCUUUUAUACUAUAGCAGAAAGUAUGGAGAAGCUGUCCAAGAGCUGAGCAUUUGCAUGGCCUUUGCCCCAGUGGAGGAGGCAGAGGUUUUGGAGCCGUUUGUUGAGAAAUUGCAUUUGUUACGGCUUGAAUCUUCUUGGAAGUCGUCACAACAAACUAGCCAUCUAGCAGUUCCUUGAAUUGUUUGUACAUAGCCAUUUUGGAUUCAAUAUUUUGCAGCUUUACGACCCCAGCUGUAAUUUUGAUCCAUUUUCAUGUAGAUGCCUUGACCUUGGCCCGGGUCUGCAUCAUUGUUAAAGCAUGUUGUACCAAAACUAAUUUUUAUUAUGCUAACAGUUGUGCUUUCUUGUUUUAUAAAUGAGCUACAGAUUCUCUAUAA